CGAUGGUGUGGAAGGGUGUGCGGCAGCUGGGGUGCGGCACAGCCGAAAGAACAUACACCUGCAGAUACAAAGCCAGGGACAAGAUGGUAAGGUACCGAGGCGCACUACCGCAGCCGCAUAGAUGUUCUUGUCUGUCUCAUGGACUCUGCGUGUCCUCUCCCUGCCUGCAGGGCAAGGACACGCCAAAUAUGGGCGGGGGUUACACCACCCAGGUGCCGAAACGAGGCAGCAGAUCGGAAAAGGAGUGCGAAGAGGAAGCCGAGUACAUCUGGUGUAAGUCUACCUGCAUGCACCAAGGCCGCGUGAAGCAUCUCUUGCACCGUCUCUCACUCUCUCUCUACCUUUGUUGUCUGUCUGUCUGUCUGUCUGUCCGGCGUAUCAGAUCUUGUGAAGAACUACACAGCUGAGCUGAAAGAGUACUGCGGCUCGGCUCAGGUACCUUAGCAGAGACACACUUACUUCUCCGCCACAGAGACACUGCGCGCCUGCAUGUUCUGUCUUGGAUGGACAGAGCGCCUACAUCGCCGCUGCCCAAAUGUGGCUGACGAUGAAGACUGACUGACUGACAUGCAUCAGCUUUAUCCAUCCCUGCCUGCCUCAAUGGCCAUGUUUUUCGCCUGUCUUUCUCAUAGGUACGACGAGUACGCUGCUCAGAACAUCACCGCACCUGACAACCCCGCGGACCAGCCCAUCAUCGCCAGAGACUGGGAGCGCUUCACAAACGCUCUCGACAUCUCACAGGGAGAUCGGGUGGGCACCGCACUCUGACUGACACAACACUCACUCGUGGAGAGAGCCUCGAGUGGUGUCCUGCCCAGCCAUUGCUUCUAUCGUGUGUGUCCGUGUGUCGUCUGAUUGAUGGGAUGGAUGCCUGCAGGCACGACUGCUGGCGAUCAUGGACAGGAGCGAGGAUGGCGAGAUCAGCAACGAGGAAUUCAUGUUUGUUGCCGACGGUCGGUCUGCGGAGACUACGAUGUGCUCAAGGAUGGAUGUCUCUGUCCAUGUGUGCAGAUGGUGUGGGGGCUUGGAAGAACAAUCGUCUUUGCAGCUUCGGCACAGGCGUUGACGACACUGACCUGUACAGCGACAGCGUGAGACGCGCGCCGCUUGGGCUGCUCUCUGCCACGAUUGCUCUCUUCAGUGUGGGGGUGUGGGUGAGCUAGACUGACCGAUGGAUGCGAUUUAUAAGCUGCAUGGACUGGAUGCCUGGACUGGAUGCCUGGUCUCAUUUGGCAACUUGAUCUUCACGCCCAGCGCUAGCCUCUAGCGAGUGCCAUGUCAUGUCAUGUCAUGCUGCGAAUGAGUGAGCGUGACAAGAGCAGCGAGUUGUAGCUAUGGUUGCCGUAGGUUGACUGAUUGACAGAGAGCGGACAAAUACGUGAUUGAGCGGUUGCGAUGAAUGAGAGUCCACAUCA